AAUCUUGAGUAACAAUAUGUCUUCGGCUCGCUUUGUCUUGCUCUCGCUUUGUUCCGUCCUCCUCCUCCAGGCCGCCCUCGGUGCCAACCCUCUCUUCCACUUCUGCUCUACCUCCGAGAACUUCACCGCAAACAGCCCAUACGAAUCAAACCUCAACAAGCUCACCAGCUUCCUCUACACCAAGACCCCUUCCUCAGGCUUCGGCCUAGGCUCCAUCGGCCAGUACCAAGACCAGGUCUACGGCCUCACACUGUGCCGGGGCGACACGUCACCCUUGGACUGCAAGGCCUGCAUUGCCGACGCUGGCGCCGAGAUCCGCCGCCGCUGCCCUCGCAACAAGGGGGCAAUAAUCUGGUACGACAAGUGCAUGUUCAAGUACCUCGACACCGACUUCUUCGGCCAGAUCGACAAUGCCAACAGAUUCUCUAUCUAUAACGUGAACAACGUGAGCGACCCUGAGGCGUUCAACAGCAAGGUAAGGGGGUUGCUGACCGGGCUGGUCGAGGAGGCUUACGCGAUGCCAAAGCUGUACGCCACUGGAGAGAUGGCACUGGAGGGUGAGACGAAGCUGUACGGAUCGGUGCAGUGUACGAGGGAUCUGUCGGCGACUGAGUGCAAGGAGUGUUUGGAGGGCGCAAUCGGCGAGCUUCCGAGCUGCUGCGACGGGAAGGAAGGUGGGCGAGUGGUUGGCGGGAGCUGCAACUUUAGAUACGAGAUUUACCCUUUUGUCAAUGUUUAA